AUGCCCUCCCAGAAACACGCUGCUGACGGCAAAUUCCCUGUAGAUGACGAGUCGAAUGACUCCAGUACCCCCCCCUCUUCCCCUCCAGUCGUUGCUGCUCGUCGACGCCAAUUUGGCGAUGAAGAAGACGAUAGUGAUGUGCUUGAUUCCUGGGAUGCUGCCGAGGAUUCCGAGGUAGAGCGUGAGAAAGCCCGGCACGCUGCGGAAAUGAAAGCAAAGGCCGCCGCCGCCGCCGCCGCCGCCAAGAAGCCAAAGACACAGCGUGUCGCGGAACACCAAGCUGAACGUGCUCGUCAGCGCGCCAUGGACGACGAAGAAAGUGACGACGACGAGACCGAGGCCGAGCGCCGCGAGCGCCUGCGCCGCACCGAGCAGGAAGCUGACCUCCAUCAUGCGGAGGAUCUCUUUGGCCAGGUGGGCAUAAAUAGUGGUCGCAAGGCUCCCACCAUUGGCACUGCCGUUGUAGUUGACUCGAAUGACCCCACAACUACCGUCAACCUCGCCAGUCUCGCCCUGUUCAGCCCGCAUACAAAGAAGCAGUUUGAGCUGUUGCGCGCCACAAUUGCCCCCAUCAUUACAGGUAAUUCCAAGAAGGCGCACUACGGCCUCUUCCUCGAGGAGUUCGUCAAGGAGCUCGCCAAGGAUUUGUCCAGCGAUCAAGUCAAGAAGGUUGCCAGCGCACUCACCCGCCUGAGCAAUGAGAAGCUGAAGGACGAGAAGGCCGCUGAUAAAGGUGGCAAGAAGUCCAAGGCCGCCAAGACCAAAGCUUCACUCGUCGCCAGCCGGCCUAACACGACGGAUACGACGACAUACGACAACGAUGAUUUCGGGGAGUAUGCUGGCCUGCAUCAAUAUGCGGACUGA